AUGAGUGGUGAUGAUGAAAUUUUGACGACAUUGAAAAUUUUAAUUAUCGGAGAGUCAGGUGUUGGAAAAAGUAGUCUGCUUUUACGAUUCACUGAUGAUCGAUUCGAUCAAGAAAUGGCAGCAACGAUUGGAGUUGAUUUCAAAGUUAAACAAUUAGAUGUCGACGAUAAUCGAGUUAAAUUGGCUAUUUGGGAUACAGCUGGACAAGAACGUUUUCGAACAUUGACACCAGGCUAUUAUCGAGGUGCUCAAGGUGCAAUUCUUGUUUACGAUGUGUGCAGUCGAGAAUCGUUUCGACAUUUGGAUCGAUGGAUUUCCGAAUUGGAUACCUUUUCGAACAAACAGGAUAUCAUAAAAAUGCUCGUAGGAAAUAAGAUCGAUCAAGAAGCAAAUCGCGAAGUCACACGUGACGAAGGUGAUCGAUACGCACGUAAACAUUCGAUGUUAUUUAUUGAAGCAUCGGCCCGAACACGUCAGGGUGUUCAAACCGCUUUCGAAGAACUUGUCAAAAAGAUCAUCCAAACACCAUCGUUAUGGGAAAAGAAAGAACCAACAAUUCAACCGGACGAUCAUGAUGAAUCUGGUCGAGCGGCAUCUGGUUGCUCUUAUAUGGAGGAUGAUAAUUUGUUGUUGAACAUUACAAGCGAACCGUUGCCGACGAAAAAAGCAGUUAAACGUAAACAUGAUAUUGUGGAAGAGAAAACGUCGCAGAAUCUCGAAUCAACAGCGAAGAAGAAACGAAAUGAACGUGUCAAACUUGACCUGUGUCAAGGAAAAGAAAUGAAAUCACCAAAACGAUCGUCGUUAUUCGCAAAUAAUCCAACAAUACCCGAAAUUGACGAAAAAGUUAUCGAAACAGCAACUGAAGAAAUCUUUGGUUCAGCAUCAUCCCUAGACCAAAUGCCUGUACAUCCUCAUAUCAUUUCGUGUUUGAAACAGAAAUUUAACAUCACUCGUUUGACAAAUGUUCAAGAAAAAUCCAUUCCUGCCAUUCUUACAGGCGAAGACGUCAUAGUUAAAUCUCAAACUGGUAGUGGUAAAACGUUGGCGUAUGUUAUACCAACUAUUCAUCUCAUGCAAGCCAUCGAACCGUCAGUGCGAAGAGAAUCUGGUCCUAUUGCUAUCGUACUUGUUCCAACGAAAGAACUUGUUCAACAAACGUACGAAGUGUUUCAAAAAUUGUUGACAUCAUUCGUUCGGAUUGUAUGUUCACCAUUAGUUGGUGGUUCCAAUCGAAACCAUGAAAAGAAAAGACUUCGUCGUGGUUUGAACGUUCUCAUUUCGACACCCGGUCGGUUAUGCGACCAUAUCGAUAAUACCCAAUCAUUAUCUUUGAAGAAUAUUCAGUUUUUAAUCUUCGAUGAAGCUGACAAAAUGCUUGACAUGGGUUUUGCCGAUGCGAUUAAGAAGAUUAUUGAAACGAUAGGCAAACAAAUGGAUUCAGAUAAACGUUUUCAACGCGUUCUUCUCUCAGCGACGCCAACCACAGCAUUGAAUCAUUUCGUUGACAUCAAUUUGAAUAAAAAAGCUCUUCGGAUUGAUAUUUCUGAAGAAUUCAAUGCAGAGAGUGUUAUCACUGUACCGAAAACAUUAAAACAAAUGUUUACGAUCGUGCCAAGCAAAUUACGAUUCGUUACGUUGAUUGCCUUUCUUCUCAAAAUCUUCAACAAGAAAGGAAAAUCCGAAGCCAAGGUACUUUUAUUUCUUGCCACGAAUGAUCUCGUUCAUUUUCAUUACGAAAUCUUAAAUACAAUGUUAAAUGGCGAUAAAGAAGACGAUAUCGAUGAAGAAGGUGACUUACAAUUCGGACAUUUAUUAAAUGAACCUGUGAAAUUAUUGAGGUUACAAGGAGACAUGACUCAUCAAGAACGAACAAGUGUUUUUAGUGAAUUUUCAAAACUCUCUCGAGGAAUUUUAUUAUGUACGAAUGUGGCUGCGCGUGGUUUGGACAUGCCUAGUGUGACAUGGAUCAUACAAUAUCAUCCGACAAGUCCGAUUGACUAUAUUCACCGAAUUGGUCGAACCGCACGACUUGGUUCAAUUGGUCAAUCAUUGAUUUUUCUCUUGCCCAACGAAGCAGAAUAUGUCGCAACAUUGCAAGAUAAAUAUAAAAUGAGUUUGAAAGGUAUUACCCCCGAUGACGUUCUCGAAACAUUAAUGGACAGCUGUGAAAAACUAAAACAACAUUUCGAAACUCGAACUGUGAUACCAAAAACAGCCGAGCAAUGUGCUAGUUCGUUGCAUCAUCACUUUGAAGAAUAUGUCAAUGGAUCCCCUGUUCGUAUCGAACAAGCACGACAAGCUUAUCUCUCAUUCAUUCGAUAUUAUGCAUCAUUUUCGCGUGAAUGGAAAUAUUUGUUUCAUGUGAAGAAUUUGCAUCGUGGUCACAUUGCGAAAAGUUUUGGCUUGAAGGAAUUACCAGAUGAAUCGAAUAAUCAUACGAUCAAAGAACGAAAAGAAACAUUCGGAUCUAAACCAAAGGUCAACAAACCGAUAAAAACAAAUGAUGACGAGAUCGACGAGGAAGCAGCGCCCUCGACACCUCCACCUCCACCUCCACCUCCACCAGUGAAUACAGAGAAGAAGAGUCUAUUUGAUCGUCUACCGUUUGCGAACAAACCCGUGGCACGUACGCGGUUUCGUAAUUUUAGUCAUAUAUCUGAAUUUGGCAGCGGACUAGAGGUGACCAGUAAAUCGCAUAAGAAAAAAGACAAGAUCAGCGAAUUCUUGGAGAAGAAACGCGAACGAAACACUAGCAAACAUCAAAUCGGUCGCAAAAAGACUCGAGAAAAUAAAUGA